AUGGAGUCUAAUAGUAACUAUAAAUAUGGUAUCAAAUCCACUUUUUCACAAUGUUUGGCGUUAGUCGGAGCUGGAUUCUUACAAGUCGGAGUCGGCACAGAGCUGAUUUGUUCGACAGUCAUCAUCGGAGCAUUAUCAGACCAUUCAAAUGAAAAUGAAUGGCUAACCAUGACCAACGAGCAGACCUCUUGGUUUGGAAGUCUCUUGUACCUGUGCACGCCUCUGGGCAGCCUGAUCUCGUCGCUGGUGCUGGGUCGGCUAGGCCACAAGAACUGCAUGAUAAUCACCAACAUACCGUACUUGGUGUCUCAGAUCAUGUUCUUCUACGCCGAAAACGUGGAGACCAUGUACGCGUGCUCGAUAAUUAUGGGCCUGAGCGUUGGGUUCUCGGGUGGCCCGUUUUCCGCUUACAUAGGCGAAGUGUGUGAACCGAAACUCAGGGGCGCCCUGAUGUCUGCCACGAACGUGUUCUUCUUCAGCGGUUCGCUGCUGUUCGCCACCAUCUACGCCAUCACCAGACAGUGGAGGUUGACCGUACUCAUCAACAUGGCGAUACCGAUCAUAACCAUUGCGAUUUUGUGCAUGAGUCCGGAUUCUCCGAUGUGGUUACUGUCCAAGGGCAAGAACGAAAAAGCGCAACGGACGCUUGGCAAGUUACGGGGAUGGGUGACACAUGAUAAGUGUUCAAACGAAUUUCACGAAAUGGUAGUGUUCAUGUCUGCGAAUAAAAACUCGUCGAACGAUAAAAACGGCAAAAAUGAUUCGGAAAGUUCUUGGAAACAACUGCUUCAGCCGGACGUGCUCAAACCUUUUCGUCUACUGCUGAUAUACUUUUUCUUUUCAAACUUGUUAUCCGGAGUACCAUUCUCACCGUAUCUAGUGGAAGUAUUUAGUACAUUUGGCGCCGACGUCGACGUCCAAUGGACCGUAGCGUUUUCGUUGUGCAUAGCCAUAGUUGGAGGCAUAUUGACUGUUUUAUUGGUGAACAGACUUGGAAAACGAUUCCUCACCUUAAUGACGUUGUCGAUUUGUUCUAUUUGUUACAUAUCAAUCGGAUUGAUUGGCGUCUAUUGGACAAAUUCAGAACAAAUAAAAUCUUGGUUAUUACUAACAUGCUUCCUCAUUAGUACGUUCGUGGCAUCAUUCGGCAUAAUGCCUAUCGGAUGGAUACUUCUUACUGAAAUAUUCCCCAUGAAGAGUAGAAACAUAACCUGUAGCAUUUGUUCGACGCUGUCUUUCAUCCUCAGUUUUUUCAUGACAAAGUAUUAUCCGGAUGUCGUCGAUUUAGUGGAUUUCUACAAUACAUUUACUAUAUUCGGGUUCGGAGGUUUGAUCGGUUGUGUUUAUUUCUAUUUUUGUCUACCUGAAACUGAAAACAAGACAUUGAAAGAAAUAUCGGAAUUUUUCAAAUAA